AUGGCAUCAUCGAUUCAGUGGACGCUCUUCUGUGCAGGACUGGCAGUCUCCCCUCCCUGUGUCCUCCAGAAGCUUCUGGGAGCCAUGUUCCUCUUGUCUGUAUUGAUAAUGGGUGUGUCCCCCUUCGCCGUGCAGUCUGAGGAGCACACGGUGGCUGCAGGAAGCUGCCGAUUUCAUGGCAGGCACCCCAAAACAAGGUUCAAGGUAGAAGGGGAGCCUUUGGUCUUGAGGUGCCCCCAGGUGCUCCACUGGGAGUCUACCAGCACCCAUGUCAACGUGACGUGGCAUAGAAAUGACUCCGCCGUGGCGGUCCCAGGGGAAGAAGAGUCGCGCGUGUGGGUCCAAGACGGAGCUCUCUGGAUCGUGCCAGCCUCCCAGGCAGACUCCGGCACCUACAUCUGCACUGUCAGAAAUUCCUCUUACUGUGACAAAAUGUCCGUCGAGCUCAGGGUUUUCGAGAAGACAGAAGCCUCUGUGCCGCUCAUCUUCUACCCCCAAAUUAUACCCUUGUCAGCCUCUGGGCUACUUGUUUGUCCUGAUCUGAGCGAAUUCAUCGACAACAAAGCUGACGUGAAGAUUCAGUGGUACAAGGAUUCUGCCCCUUUGGAUCAAGACAAGAAGUUUCUCAGUGUGAGGGGAACUCGCUUACUCGUAAACAAUGUGUCCAUGGAGGACGCGGGCUACUAUACCUGUGCCAUGACGUUUGCCCACAGAGGCAGGCAAUACAACAUCACCAGGAAUAUCAAACUCCAAGUCAAGAAAAGAGAUGAGGAGACCAUUCCUGUGAUCAUCUCUCCCCACCAGACCAUCUCAGCCUCGCUGGGGUCAAGACUGACAAUCCCGUGUAAGGUGUUUCUGGGAGCCGGCAUACACACAACCACUCUGCUGUGGUGGAUGGCCAACAACACCCUCAUAGAGGAUGCCUACCGCGGGGGCCGUGUGACCGAGGGGGAGCGCCAGGCAUACUCAGAAAACAAUGAGAACUACAUUGAAGUGCCACUGAUUUUUGAUCCCGUCAGAAGAGAGGAUUUGCACACGGAUUUUAAAUGUGUUGUCCGUAAUACGAUGAGUUUCCAGACGCUUCGUACCACAGUCAAAGAAGCCACCACGUUCUCCUGGGAGAUCAUGCUUGCCCCCCUGUUCCUCAUCGUCUUGGUCCUGGGGGGCAUAUGGAUGCACAGACGGUAUAAAUGCAGAACUGGAAAAGACUAUGGUUUGAUGGAGUUAAAGACUGGCCAUCCAGACUCGCAAUCCUAUCCGAGUAAAAUAAAGGAAAUAAAAUAG